AAAUCAGAACUCAUUCGCCACAAACGCAGCGUGGUGAUCAGACGUGCAAGCAGUUAAUAUGAAGAUCCUUCUCGCGUUCGUUGGAGCCUUGGCUCUGGCGGUGGCCAACCCACCCCCAAACCAGGGCAAAGUCAUCUGCUACUACGACAGCAAGAGCUAUGUACGGGAAUCUCAAGCCCGCAUGCUGCCGCUCGACCUGGACCCAGCAUUAUCCUUCUGCACCCACCUGGUCUACGGCUAUGCUGGAAUCCAGCCUGACACUUACAAGAUGGUCUCCCUCAACGAGAAUCUGGAUGUAGACCGCGCCCACGCCAACUACAGAGCCAUCACCAACUUCAAGUCGAAGUACCCUGGCUUGAAGGUCUUGCUGUCUGUUGGAGGUGAUGCUGAUACUGAGGAGGCUGAGAAGUACAAUCUUCUGUUGGAGUCCCCGCAAGCGCGUACAGCUUUUGUCAACUCUGGAGUGCUUCUGGCUGAGCAGCAUGGUUUCGACGGUGUCGAUCUUGCUUGGCAGUUCCCUAGGAUCAAGCCUAAGAAGAUCCGCUCCACUUUCGGUUCCAUCUGGCACGGUAUCAAGAAGACCUUCGGCACCACGCCCGUGGACGAGAAAGAGGCUGAACAUCGCGAAGGAUUCACCGCUCUGGUCCGCGAAAUGAAGGCAGCCCUCAACCUGAAACCCAACAUGCAACUGUCCGUCUCCGUUAUGCCAAAUGUCAACGCUACCAUCUACUACGACGUGCCAGCGAUCAUCAACUUGGUAGACAUCGUGAACCUCCACGCCUACGACUACUUUACUCCUGCCAGGAACCCCAAGGAGGCCGACUAUGCCGCUCCCACGUACAAGCCACAGAACCGCAAUGAACUGUCCAACGUUGAUGCUGCUAUUUCUUACUGGCUCACUGCUGGAGCUCCUAGCAACAAAAUCGUUGUUGGUAUUGCAACCUUCGCCCGUACAUGGAAACUUGACUCUGACAGCGAAAUCUCUGGAGUGCCUCCAAUCCACACUGAUGGACCUGGUGAAGCUGGCCCUUACACCAAGACGGAAGGUCUUCUAAGCUACCCAGAAGUUUGCGCUAAGCUGAUCAAUCCCAACCACCAAAAGGGCAUGCGCCCCCAUUUAAGGAAGGUCACUGACCCGAGCAAGCGUUUUGGCACCUACGCGUUCCGCCUUCCCGAUGACAACGGUGACCCCGGCUUGUGGGUCAGUUACGAGGACCCUGACACAGCUGGCCAGAAAGCUAGCUACGUGAAAUCCAAGAACCUCGGAGGAGUGUCCAUUGUCGAUCUGUCUAUGGAUGACUUCCGUGGUCUCUGCACAGGAGACAAAUACCCCAUCCUCCGUGCUGCUAAAUACCGCCUAUAAAUUUGACUCAUUGCAUUUGUAAUUUAGCUAAUGCAAGCUGUAAAAUAUAAUUUUGUGUUACAUCCUUAGUUUAUAAGCGUAUUCCUCCGUGACAUGUUGUUAAAAUGGAUUAUUUAAAAAUAAAUAUUGCACAUAUCGCUGUGAAAUACGUUUAGGUAGAUCUAUUAAUGUAAGCACCUUAUUUUAAUAAAAGCUUUAUGCCGAUGAAAAUAAAUCCAAAUAUUGUAAUCUUGUAUUAUCGUCACUAUUAAACAAUGUAAAAGUUAGAUGUCCUAAAUGAUAUCUAAAAAAAAAAUAGGCAACGUGUAUUGUGACAUAUUCACGUGAAUUUUGUAAGUGAGAAAACGCUUUAAAAAUGAAUAAAAUG